AUGGCGGAAGGGGCUAGAAGAGUGUGCUCCCAUUCAGAUGGGGACUCGAGCGCAGUGGCCAAACCUGGGGCUAUUUAUGGGCUCUGUAGUGGCUUCUGCCAAUGGCCGGUUGGAAGAUGCGACAUCCUCAUCGUCUACAGCCCGGAUGCCGAGGAGUGGUGCCAGUACCUCCAGGAACUCUUUCUGUCCAGUCGGCAGGUGCGGAGCCAGAAGACGCUGACUUACAGGCUGAGCCCUGACGCCUCCUUCUCGGCCAAGGACCUGAACUUCUUCCUGAGCUCCCGCUGCGUCAUCGUGCUGCUGUCCGCCGAGCUGGUGCAGUGCUUCUGCCAGCCGGCCCUGCUGCCCCUGCUGCAGAGAGCCUUCCACCCUCCCCACCGCGUGGUGCGGUUGCUCUGCGGGGUGCAGGAUGGCCCGGAGUUCCUGGACUACUUUCCGGACUGGGCGCAUUGGCAGGAGCUCACCUGUGACGACGAGCCCGAGACCUACGUGGCAGUGGUGAAGAAGGCCAUUUCCGAAGAUUCUGGCUGUGACUCAGUCACUGACACCGAGACUGAGGACGAGAAGGUCCCUUCCUACUUGAAGCAGCAGAACCUGCCACUGCAGACUUCACCUGGGAACCUGAUGGUGGUGCAGCCGGACCGUAUUCGCUGUGGGGUGGAAACCACUGUCUACGUCAUUGUGAGAUGUAAGUUGGAUGAGAGGGUGACAACAGAAGCAGAAUUUUCCCCUGAGGAUUCUCCCUCAGUCAGGGUGGAAGCCAAGCUGGAGAAUGAAUACACCGUUUCCGUGAAAGCCCCCAGCCUCUCAUCUGGGAAUGUUUCCUUGAAGAUCUAUUCCGGGGAUUUAGUGGUGUGUGAAACUGUGAUCAGCUAUUAUACUGACAUGGAAGAAAUUGGGAAUUUAUUGUCCAAUGCUGCAAAUCCCGUGGAGUUCAUGUGUCAGGCCUUUAAAAUUGUGCCCUACAACACAGAGACCCUUGAUAAACUGCUCACUGAGUCCCUGAAGAAUAAUAUCCCUGCGAGUGGACUACACCUCUUUGGAAUUAACCAACUGGAAGAAGAAGAUAUGAUGACAAAUCAGAGGGAUGAAGAGUUGCCCACCCUGUUGCAUUUUGCUGCGAAGUACGGACUGAAGAACCUCACUGCCUUGUUGCUCACCUGCCCAGGAGCCCUACAGGCAUACAGUGUGGCCAACAAGCACGGCCACUAUCCCAACACCAUUGCUGAGAAGCAUGGCUUCAGGGACCUGCGGCAGUUCAUCGAUGAGUAUGUGGAAACUGUGGACAUGCUGAAGAGUCACAUCAAAGAGGAACUGAUGCAAGGGGAGGAGGCUGAUGCCGUGUAUGAGUCCAUGGCCCACCUCUCCACAGACCUGCUCAUGAAGUGUUCCCUCAACCCCGGCUGCGACGAGGAGCUCUAUGAGUCCAUGGCUGCCUUCGUGCCCACAGCCACCGAAGACCUCUAUGUCGAAAUGCUUCAGGCCAGUACAUCUAAUCCAAUCCCUGGAGAUGGUUUCUCUCGGGCCACUAAGGACUCUAUGAUCCGCAAGUUUUUAGAAGGUAACAGCAUGGGAAUGGCCAGUUUGGAGAGGGAGCUACACCAUGGUGGUCAGGAAGAAGAUGUGUAUCACACGGUGGAUGACGACGAGGCCUUUAAUGUGGACCUGGCCAACAGACCCCCUGUCCCGGUGCCCAGGCCAGAGGCCAGUGCUCCUGGCACUCACCACCUGCCUGACAAUGAGCCAUACAUUUCUAAAGUUUUUGCAGAAAAAAGUCAGGAGCGGCCUGGGAAUUUUUACGUUUCCUCAGAGAGCAUCAGGAAAGAGCCUCCCGUCCGACCGUGGAGGGACAGGCCCCAGUCGAGUAUAUAUGACCCUUUUGCUGGGAUGAAAACGCCAGGCCAGCGGCAGCUGAUCACGCUCCAGGAGCAGGUGAAGCUGGGCAUCGUCAACGUUGAUGAGGCUGUGCUCCACUUCAAAGAGUGGCAGCUCAACCAGAAGAAGCGGUCGGAGUCCUUCCGCUUCCAGCAGGAAAAUCUUAAACGGCUAAGGGACAGCAUCACCCGAAGACAGAGAGAGAAGCAAAAAUCAGGAAAGCAAGCAGACUUGGAGAUCACAGUCCCAAUUCGGCACUCACAGCACCUGCCCGGGAAGGUGGAGUUUGGAGUCUAUGAGAGCGGCCCCAGGAAAAGCGUCUUCCCCCCAAGGAUGGAGCUAAGGCGAGGAGACUGGAAAACAGAUAGUACUUCCAGCACAGCAAGCAGUACGAGUAACCGAUCCAGCACCCGGAGCCUCCUCAGUGUGAGCAGCGGCAUGGAGGGGGACAAUGAGGAUAAUGAAGUCCCUGAGGUUACCAGAAGUCGUAGCCCAGGCCCCCCACAAGUGGAAGGAACACCCACUGUGCCCCUUGAGAGGCCCCCCAGGGUACCUCCAAGAGCUGCCUCACAGAGGCCUCCUCCCAGGGAGACCUUCCACCCCCCUCCGCCCGUUCCACCCAGAGGGCGCUGACUCCACCUCCUAAAACCUGCCUACGUCCGGACUUCGAGACUUGCAAUUUCAGCCUGUUAAUGAUGUCUUUGUGUUGAGUUCUAUGGCAGGACUACUGAACUUAAGACCUCCUCUCAUGGCUGAUGUCAUUGUGGCCCUGCUGGUUUGGGCUUUCCUUGAAGAAGAUAUUAUUAAGGCAUGAAGAAGUGAAAAACUGAGGACUUUAUUCACCAUCACCAAGUAUAUUGAUCCAUAGCCUUGUUUGCCAGAAGGAUAAAGACUUAAUUGGAAUACUUACCUCAAAUUUGGCAUGUCAGAAGCCUGAGAAGAUUGAUUAUAAAUGUACUUUUACAAGUGAUUUUACUGAAAUGCACUUAUAUUAGGCCUUACUUAUUUGCUAGUCCAGACUAACUUCUAGAAGUGGUUAUGAUUUAAGACUUACAGUAUCCGGGUAAGGAGAUAUGUUCUGAUUUUUAAAUGGUUCUUCAACUUUUCUGUAGAUUCUGGAGGGUGUCUAAAUGCCAGGCCUGGUCACAAUAGAACAAACUGAAAAAGAUUUUAGAGAUGGAUUAGUCCUAACUCCUUUUAUAUGGAAGGCAAAUCUGAGGUUCCACAGAAACUAAGAGUAUACAAUUGGUUAGAAGAAGAGAUGUGUUUAGAGGCUGGGUCUCUUAAUUUCAGGUCACCACACUUUCCGUCUCUAGAUAGCCAAUCGCUCUCCCUCAAGAAAUGCCCACAUGUAGAAAUUUGGUCACUAACUGACUAUUGACCUUCCAGAAAUGUCCUUCCAUAUCUCCCAGGCAUGGGACUAUCAAGUAUUUUUUUCAAUUUGGGCAUUUAUAAUUCAGUAUGCUUUCAAAACAGUAUUGUUGCCAAGGAAUAUCUGCAAAUAGUUGGGAACCAGAAGCUUGGGAUGCCAAUGACCACAUUUAUUGUUCUGUAGUCUUUAUAGGUCUUACUAGUUCUGGCCAUAAGGAGAGAGAAGGAUCCUUGACUCUUCCUCUGCCAAGAGGUCAGAAGAGAAAGGAAGAAUGUAGAAUAGAAACAUUUAUCUAUUUCCUUAUUAUUACCACUA